AUGGCGCAACGGUCGCGCACGGCGGGGACGACGGCGGACCCUCGCGACCCGCUACUGCCGCCUCCGUCCCCCGCUCCAGACUCCUCCCUCCACCCACACUCCCCACCCCGCCCCCUCAUCGAGGGCAAAUCCUUCACUGCCCGGGGCGUCCUCGUCGGCCUGGGCGUCGGCCUCAUCAUCUGUUUCUCCAACAUGUACUUUGGCUUACAGACGGGAUGGGUCAGCAUCAUGAGCAUGCCGGCCUCUUUGAUGGGGUUUGGUGUUUUUCGGCUUUUGACGCAACGUCUCAAGUUCCCGUUUAGUCCGGUGGAGAACGUGCUGGUGCAGACGGUGGCCGGGUCGAUGGCCAUUAUGCCGCUGGGGUGCGGGUUUGUCGGGGUGAUACCGGCGAUGCAGUUCUUGCUGAGGGACGACGAAGGCGGGGGGCCAGGACUGGAUUUGGGAUUGGGGAAACUGGUGGUUUGGGGGUUGGGAUUGUGCUACUUUGGCGUGGUGUUUGGGGUCCCCCUCAGGAGGCAGGUGAUUAUUCGCGAGCAACUCAAGUUCCCUAGUGGGUUUAGUACGGCCGUGUUGAUAUCGGUGUUGCAUGGCAAGACGAGGCAGAAGGCGAGCGAGAGCGAGAGGCAUGAGGAUCCGGCGACUUUUGCGAGUCUGGCGGCACAGGAGGAGUCGGGCAGUGCUGUUGUCUCGGGGUUGGGUGACAACAACGGCAACCACAGCAACGUGGAGGGAGAAGAGGGGGGAGAAGCUCCGGCGGAACCUCACUCGGCUUCUUGGAAACGGAAUCUCAACCUUUUGCUGGUCUGCUUCCUUGUCUCGGGCAUCUUUACUUUGUCGACGUACUUCAUCCCGGCGCUCAGGUCGAUUCCCAUAUUCGGCAGUUAUCUCGCCACGACGUGGUUGUGGACGCUGAAUCCCAGCUUGGCAUAUGUCGGGCAGGGCAUCAUCAUGGGUCCCGCCACGACGCUGCACAUGCUUUUGGGGGCGGUGCUCGGAUGGGGCGUACUCUCGCCGCUGGCGAAGAAUCGGGGCUGGGCGCCGGGCGAUGUGGAUGACUGGGAGAAGGGGAGUAAAGGGUGGAUCGUGUGGGUGAGCUUGGCCAUCAUGCUGGCUGAUUCCGUCGUCAGUUAUAGGGCCAUCAACACCAAUGAGGCGGCGAGGGGAGGAUUGACGAGACCAAGACUGGGGAGACGACUCUCCGAUAUCAGCGAGGCUUCGAACUCCGAAGAUGAUGAGGAUGCGUACACCCACCUCAACAGCGGGUUGAGACAACGACACUCUUCAGGGUUGAACCGCAUUCAGGAGGAUCUCGGAGAGGAAAAGGAGGAUGAAUUUGACGACGCUCCGCCUGACCAGCAAGUCGGCGACAAGACCGUCGCCGUUGGGCUGGUGCUUUCAAUCAUCUUCUGCAUCGGCUGCAUCCACUUAGUGUUUGGCAACCUCGUCCCUCUCUACGCUACUGUCACGGCCGUGUUCAUGGCUCUGGUGUUGAGCAUCAUGGGCGUCCGCGCGUUGGGCGAGACUGAUUUAAACCCGGUGUCUGGCAUCAGCAAGUUGGCACAGCUAUUCUUUGCGUUCAUCAUCCCCCAGUCCAACAAGAACAGCGUGUUGAUCAACCUAGUUGCUGGAGCUGUGUCUGAAGCUGGCGCCCUCCAAGCCGGCGACCUAAUGCAAGACCUCAAAACGGGCCACCUCCUCGGCGCCGCCCCCAAGGCCCAGUUCUACGGACAAGUGAUCGGCGCCACCGUUGGUGCCAUCGUCAGCGCCUUCAUCUACAAGCUCUACACGGUCGUUUACACCAUCCCGGGUCCCCUCUUCCAGGUUCCUACGGGAUAUGUGUGGAUCUUCACCGCUCGUUUAGUCACUGGCGAAGGGUUACCACCCAUGGCUAAGGAAUGGGCUAUCGGCUCUGCUGCGCUGUUUGCUGUCACCACUGCUGCGAGAAUUAUUAUUGUUGACAAGGUUGGUGCUGAUAAAGGAAAGAGGUGGCAGGCAUUGAUCCCGGGCGGGAUUGCAGUGGCAGUGGGUAUGUAUAAUGUGCCCAGUUUUACGAUUGCUAGGACGAUUGGGGGGUUGCUUGGGUGGUGGUGGAAGGGGGUGAUGGGGUGGCAGGAUACGCCUUUGAUUGUUUUGGCUUCGGGCUUCAUUCUCGGUGAAGGUUUCCUGAGUAUCGUGAACUUGAUCAUGCAGAGUGCUGGUGUUCCUCAUCUUUAAGUUGUUGGGAGGGAGACAAGGUUGAUUUUGGUCAUUAGCAUUAGGUUCGCGGAAAUGGGGAGCAAAGAGUAUUAUGGUAUGAUGGUCUUUAUAGCUUGCACGGGGCGUCGGUACGUUCGGUUUCCUCGUUGUAGUUGGCAAAGCGUAUUAGCAUGACAGUUUGCUGUCCUUUUUGCGUUUGAUCCG